AUGUCUUACGGUGGAAACGAUGACUCUUACGGUUCCAGCAGGAACGAGGACAGCUACGGCUCCAACACUGGCUCCGGCUUCGGCUCCUCUCGCAACGACAACGACUCUUACGGCUCCUCCCGCCGUGAUAACGACGACUCGUACGGCUCAUCCGGCCGCAACAACGACUCUUCGUACGGAUCCUCCAAUAACGACUCCUACGGCUCUUCUCGCAAUGAUGACAGCUAUGGCUCAUCUCGUCGCGACAACGACGACAGCUAUGGUUCGUCCGGCCGCAAGAACAACGAGUCCUCUUACGGCUCUUCCAACACCGACUCUUACGAUUCAUCCCGCAAUGAUGACAGCUACGGCUCCUCCCGCAAGGACAACGACUCCUACGGCUCUUCAGGCGUAAAGAGCUCCGCCUUUGGCGAGUCAACCUCCUCCAACCUCGCCGGCGCCGACUCCCUCUCCUACAACCCCUCCGAGAACAAGGGCCGCACCUACGACAACGACAACAGCAACGACAGCUACGGCUCCUCGGGCCGCAAGAACAAUGACUCUUCCUUUGGGUCUUCCAACACAGACUCAUACGGCUCCGGCCGCAACAACGACACCUCGGACUCCUACAGCUCCGGUCGCAACAACAACAGCACAUCCGACUCUUACGGCUCCACGGGCCGCAACGACGAUUCCUACGGAUCGUCAGGCCGUGUCGGUGGCAACGACUCUUACGGAUCCAGCCGCAACGACAACGAUGACAGCUACGGCUCUUCUCGUCGUGACAAUGACGACAGCUACGGCAGCAGCAACAAGGGCGGCGACAGCAAGCUCGGCAAGGUGCUCGAGAAGGCGGGCGGCCUCCUCAACAGCGACAAGCUCGAGAGCAAGGGGCAGGAGAAGAGGGAGGCCAAGGGUUACGGCAACGAUGACUACUAG